UGUGUGACAACUUCCGUAGGGGGAGUGGUUCACGUGUUCACAUUGACUGCACAACAUCAAGCGCGCGGAAUACUUGGGGAAGAGGCGCUGAUUUCACUUCGUUCUUAUAGGAUUCUCUGAAAAGCUCCUCUGGAACCAUUUCCCUCUUGCAUCAGCAUGACAUCAGACAACACUCUGGACGAUGAAGACACCUUCAAGAUCCUGAUCGCCACCGAUAUUCACCUCGGUUACUUGGAGAAAGAUGCUAUCCGUGGCAAUGACACGUUCACCACCUUCGACGAGAUCCUAAAGUGUGCUAAAGAGAAACAAGUCGACUUCAUCCUCCUGGGAGGUGAUCUGUUCCAUGAGAACAAGCCGUCUAGACGCUGUCUCUACUCAUGCAUCUCUCUGCUCAGGAAGUAUUGCAUGGGAGACACUCCUAUCUUAUUUGACGUCCUCAGUGACCAGGCUGUCAACUUCAGCACCAGCAAGUUCCCCUGGGUGAAUUAUCAGGAUGAGAACAUUAACAUCUCCAUCCCAGUGUUCAGUGUGCAUGGUAACCAUGACGACCCUACAGGGGCAGAUGGCCUAUGUGCAUUGGACAUCCUCAGCUCUGCCGGACUAAUCAAUCACUUUGGUCGCAGCCAAUCAGUAGAGAGGAUAGAGAUCAGUCCGGUCCUAUUGCAGAAAGGCAAGACUAAGCUAGCCCUGUACGGCAUUGGCUCCAUCCCUGACGAACGCCUCUACAGAAUGUUUGUGAACAAUCAGGUGACCAUGCUCCGCCCAAAAGAGGACCAGGACCUCUGGUUUAACCUCUUCACCAUCCAUCAGAACAGGAGUAAGCACGGGGCCACAAACUACAUCCCUGAGCAGUUCCUGGAUGACUUCCUCAACCUGGUUGUGUGGGGUCAUGAACACGAAUGUCUGAUCGAACCCAGAAGGAAUGAACAGCAGCUGUUCUACGUCACCCAGCCUGGGAGCUCCGUGGCCACAUCGUUGUCCCCAGGGGAGGCCGCUAAGAAGCACAUCGGUCUAUUGAGGAUCAAGGGGCGUAAAAUGAACAUGGAGAAGAUCCCGCUGAACACAGUGCGUCAAUUCUUUAUCCAGGACCUGGUCCUCGCCGAACACCCUGACCUUUUCUCCCCCGACAUGCCCAAGGUCAACCAGAAAGUGGAGGCCUUCUGCCAGGAGAAGGUAGAAGCCAUGCUGGAGGAAGCCGAGAGGGAGAGAAUUGGUUGCCCUCUCACCCCUGAGAAACCCCUCAUACGCCUCAGAGUUGACUACAGCGGGGGGUUUGAGGCCUUCAACGCCACUCGUUUCAGUCAGAGGUUUGUGGAGCAGGUCGCCAACCCCAAAGACGUCAUUCAUUUCAUCCGACAGAAGGAGUACAAGGCCAAAGUCGAAGGAGAAGAUAAUGUUGACUUCGGGCAGCUCAUGAGUCAGUCCACCACUGAAGGUCUGAGGGUGGAGGAUCUGGUCAAAGAGUACUUCAAAACAGCAGAAAAGACAAUGCAGUUGUCCCUGCUGACGGAGCAAGGCAUGGGGAAGGCCGUGCAGGAGUUUGUGGACAAGGAGGAAAAGGACGCCAUAGAGGAGCUGAUCCGAUACCAGCUGGAGAAAACCCAGAGACACCUCCAGCAGAGGGGGGUCAUGACCGAGGAGGAGAUAGACCAGGAGAUUCGCAGUUUCAGAGAAACUAAGAAAGGCACUGCAGAGGAGGAAGAUGAAGUCCAGGAGGCCUUCAAACGAGCCAAAGCCCACCGCUUAGAGCGAGAUGACCUUCCUGACGACCUGGACCUUUCGGACGGGUCCGACUUUACCAUGGACAUAGAUGAGGACUCCACCCCGGCUCCUCCCCCCAGAGGCAGGGGGCGGGGAAGCAGGGGGGGCAGGGGGAGGGGCCAGACCACCGCCAGGAGAGGAAGAGUUGCUGCUGAGCCGAAGCCAGCCGGUAGGGGGCGUUCCCAGAAGGCCUCCGUCGUUAACACCAGCCAGAGCAGAAACAUCAUGGAUGCAUUCCAGGCUGCACCCCAACGGUCAUCCAGGGGGUCGGUGCCGGCUAAGUCCUACAAUGACGAGAUCACCAUCGACGAGGACUCUGAUGAGGACAUUUCUUUCGUCAAGCCGGUUUCCAGACCCACGCAGAGGGCCUCCUCCUCUUCCUCCUCCAGUAGGCAGGGCUCACAGAGUCAAAGCCAAGCAUUCAAAGGGGUGACUUUUGAUGAUGAUGAUGAUGAGGAGGAGUUCGACCCAUUUAAAGGCUCCAGCCGGAGUGGCAGGCGUUAGACCUAUCUCAGACCCCACCCUCCGGACAGUGGUCAUGUUUUAUUGACAAGUGAGCUGGGACUGUAUACUUUACUUGUCCAUAGUUCUUUAUACCAUGUGAGUAUGGACCCUGAGGCUUACUGCCUCUUCACGAUUGGAGGAGAGACAAGCACAGCUUUCACUCUCAUCAGAACAUCUCAUUCCUUCUGUGGCCUCUCUGGGAUGGAGUUUGGGUCGGAUCAGAAUGUCCGGUCUUAGAUCUGUGCUUUGAUGCCUAAUUUCACUUUAAGUUUUCUUCUUUGAAGACCUUUUG